GGGCCGCGAUGACCAAGAUGAGAACGUUUUCUUACGUAAAUUAUUACAGAAAAAUAUUAAAAAAUGCACAGUUACGACGGUAUUGUACAGCUGAUACCGAGAGUAAAGUUAAAAUGGAGAAUAUACGCAACAUCGGCAUUUUAGCACACAUCGAUGCAGGUAAAACUACAACGACGGAGCGAAUGCUGUUCUAUUCGGGCACGAUCCGCACGAUGGGAGAGGUGCACCACGGGAACACGGUCACGGACUACAUGGAGCAGGAGCGCCAGCGAGGGAUCACUAUUACUUCUGCGGCAGUAUCAUUCCCGUGGCGUGGCAGCCAGAUCAACCUGAUCGACACACCAGGCCACAUCGACUUCACCAUGGAGGUGGAACAGAGUCUCGCUGUUCUAGAUGGUGCUGUGGUUGUGCUGGAUGCUUCAGCAGGUGUAGAAGCACAGACCCUCACAGUUUGGCGGCAAGCGAGCGCGCACCGCGUGCCUCGGCUCCUCUACCUCAACAAGAUGGACCGGAGCGACGCCAGCGCAGCCCUCUGCGUGGACUCUAUAAGGGACAAGCUGCAAGCUGACCCGCUGCUGCUGCACGAGCCAGUGGUGCAUGAAGGAAAACUCGUUGGUCUAAUAGAUCUGGUAACAAAAGACGAAAUCAUCUGGACACAAGGCCGCGGGCAGAACUUACUACGGCGCAAAUUGGCAGAAAAGGAUGGCGACAGAUGGGAACACACUCUGGAACAACACACGGCUCUUAUCGACCAACUGUCAUCUUUAGAUGACUAUUUAGCAGACACUAUUAUACAGGAAGAAAGCUUAGAAAAUUUAAAGACAGAAGAAAUAAACGCUGCUAUAAGACGAUGUACGCUCAACAUGUCAGCAUUUCCCGUUCUCUGCGGAAGCUCUUACAAAAACAUCGGAGUUCAAACAUUGAUGGAUGGUGUCAUACAAUAUUUGCCAUCACCGUUAGAAGCGAAUAGUUUGUAUAAUUGUUUUGGUACUGACUUGGCCGCGAGGGCGUUUAAAGUACAGCAUGACGAUCAGAGAGGAGUGCUUACGUUCUUGAGGCUGUAUAGCGGAGAGAUCGCUAAAGGGCAGAAGAUUUAUAAUUUGGGACAGGAUAAAAGUGAACAGACAGGGUCGCUGUACGUGGCGCUGGCGGACGAGUACAAGCCGGUGGAACGAGUCACGGUGGGCAACAUCGCUGUCGUCAGUGCGCUCAAAGCGACCAUGACCGGUGACCUGGUGACCUCCACGCAAGCAGCGGCCAGUCGCGCCAAGUCUCGCCUCACGUCAUCCCUGAAGGACCCCACACACGCCGAGCGCGUGAUGCCGCCGGGCGCUCGGAAUAAAUUAGCUGUGGCUGAGACUGACCCCAGUGCUGAGGAGAUGGCUGAUGUCUUGCUAGGAAUCGGAACAACAAUCCCUGAGCCCGUAUUCCUGUGUUCCAUCGAGCCUCCCAGCGCAGCCUUCCAGAGCGCUCUGGAAACAGCUCUCGGCGAACUGGCCCGUGAGGACCCCAGCCUUAGAGUUGUCACUGAUGAUGAGUCGGGGCAGCUCGUGCUGGCAGGUAUGGGCGAACUGCACCUCGAAAUAAUAAAGGAACGCAUCAUCCGCGAAUAUAAAAUAGACGUCGAUCUGGGACCGAUGCAGAUCGCCUACCGCGAGGCGUUGCUAGGCAACGGCAAGCAGACCAUGGCGGUCGACCGCAAGAUGGCGGGCGCGAGGCAGCAGGUCAAGGUCACGCUGUCGGCCAAGAAUGUCAAGGGCGUUGCUGCUGAUAAAGUAUUAAGGAUGGACAAGUCAGCGGAGAGCGCAGCGAACCUCGCACAUCUGCACCCGCGCUCGCUGUCCGCCAUACGACAGGGCGUCGACACCGCGCUCCUGCACGGACCCAAGUUAGGCUGCCCGAUGAUGGAUGUCCAAGUAACUCUGCAUUGGUUUGAAUCAACGCGCGGCACGUCAGACUCUGUGGUCGCUGCCACCGUUGUGCAAUGCUUGAGAAAGGUGUUCGAAGAGGCAGAAGCGAUGCUACUAGAGCCGGUGAUGUUACUACAAGUAGUGUGUCCUGAAAGCCAUUCCGCGCGUGUCAUGGCGGACCUGACUCGGCGACGCGCUGAGAUCCUACACGUCCAUAUGAGGCAUCGGAAUAAGGUAAUAGACAGCAUCACACCUCUCUCAGAGCUACUAGGAUACUCCUCAACCCUCCGAUCACUGAGUUCCGGACUAGCUUCCUUCACCAUGGAGUUCCAUACGCACCGACAGAUGGCGCCACACGACGAGGAAAAAGCUAUACGCAGUGUCACGGGAUUCUAAGUUCUAAUGUUAUUAGAAAUACUUCAUAUAUUAUCGGAAUAGCUACUAAAUGCUUCGGUAGCUAUAUUCCGGACUAGCUUCCUUCACCAUGGAGUCAAUUCGCACCAACAGAUGGCGCCACACGACGAGGAGAAAGCUAUACGCAGUGUCCCGGGAUUCUAAUCUUUUUAAUGUGUGUAAUGGAUAGUUCGAUCGGACAAUAAAUACUAAACGCCUUGUGGGAGAAACACAUAUCGCACGCAGGUUGAAAAACCGAUUAUCGUGAGUGUUGUGCGUCAACAAGGUGACAUCUCUAGUGCUCAAAACGUUCAAGUGAGUAAUCAGGACCAAGUGAGGGUAGUUCGAAAAAUUCGUACAGCUAGAAGAUGUUGAUGUCAACUUUAGCCAGUCUGCUCCGAGACCACGGGGACAAUGCCGUACUUAAAACGUCGGAUGUUAGUGUUAAAAACACAGUUAUACACGAUGAAGUCCCAAAGUUUAGUACAAAAUGUAAUUAUGUCAUUAAAAAUUAGGUACAUUAAAGACAGAUGCUAUUUAAAGUUA